AAACAGUUUUGAAGACGAAGAAGAUCAGCCGCGCGCCAUGGCCGACGACCCUCCUCCAGCCAGAGGAGCACAAGUGGAUGAAACUCAUGAUGAGGAAGAAGAGCAUAGAGAAGAGCAAGUGAUCAAAGAUAAAGAAGACAACAACUUGGUGAUCCCAGAAGAUGGGCAUGGUUGGAAAAAAUAUGGCCAAAAGUUCAUCAAAACUAUUAGAAAAAACAGAAGCUAUUUCAAGUGCCAUAAGAGGAACUGCAGAGCCAAGAAGCGAGUGGAAUGGUCUACCUCGAAACCGAAGAACAUCCGAAUCAGCUACGAAGGGGCUCAUACCCAUUCCCCUUCAACUGAUCCUCAAAAACCAGCUUCUUCACAACAAGAAAGCUUCAGCUUCAGCUUCGAGGGUUAACCACUAUGAUUUGUACACACAGGUUUUUGGUGCUCAAAACAACACCAAUUCCCAGAUGUCUCCAC